AAAAAGAAAAUAAGAAAUCUAGAUAACAACUGAUAAAUAAAUGAUUUGCGUAUGCGACGUUACAUCGAAGGAUGUAUUUCAGUCCUAAUAAUAGGAUUGCUUGAAAAAUUCUGCGUAAAGUUUUAUUGAUUGUCUCGACGCUUCAGAAAACUUUUUUUUAUCGAAAAUUAUAGGAUAUAUGCGAAUACAAAAUUAUAUGCUUUCGUAUCACACUCAUACUUCCAUAAUUAUGUAAAAUAUACUCGUGAGAAAAUACUGACUAAAGAAAAAAACCUCGAAUCUUAUAUAACUUUGCUGGUGUUUCUUGAAAGGGAACGUGUAAGCUAGAAUUUUUCUUUGAUAUCAUCGAUCGUAAAAAGAUCUUUGGAAUUGACAAAAAAAUAAUGGAUUUGUUUACCGAUGGCUAUUACAAACUCAAUCGUUUACUUCUAUUAAUAAUGGGCCAAUGGCCUGAUCAAAAUUACAAAAUCAAAUUAAUUCUUAUGAUUAACACGGUCUCUUAUUUAAGUUUCUGUUUGUUAGGACAGAUAAUUAAGCUGGUCAAAGCUGGACACCAUUUGGAUCUUAUAUUCGAAAUUUUAGUAUCAUUCUUGUCUAAUAGUAUUUGCAUAAUAAGGUACUGCAAUUGCAUCGUCAAUGUGAAAAAGUUUACAAAAUUGUUGGAAGAUAUUCAAGAUCUUUGGAAUGUGACAAAAACGAAGGAAGAAAUAGAAAUAAUGGAAAUGUAUGCUAAAGAAAAUAGAAAUUAUACUUUAUUUCUUACAGCGGUCAGUUAUUUUUCCUUAGGUUUCGUAAAUUUGUUAUCUUUGAUGCCGUGCAUAUUGGACAUCGUUUUGCCACUUAACGUUACGCGAACACGUAAAUUUUUGUAUCAAGCAGAAUUUUUUCUCGAUACGGAGAAAUAUUUUUAUCCAAUUUUAUUGCACACAUGGAUAACUAUGUUUUUUGGCGUAACUAUAUUGGUCACUACGGAAAGUAUAUUUCUUUUGUUCGCUCAACAUUGUUGCAGUAUGUACAAAGUACUUUGGUACGUGAAUCUAUGAAUUUUCCCAUGUGUUUUUUUUUUUUUUUUUCAUAAUUAAUGUCAUAAUAAAAGAGAUUAAAAAAUUAA